AUGUCGUCGUCGUCCUACAAACCCGAAAUCCCCCCACCGCCAUCCGACCCGGCCGUUCUGCUCUCGUACCCGGCGCCGUUCGUUCUGCUCGUGACCAUCAACCGGCCGCGGCAGAUGAACAGCAUCCCGUUCGCGGUGCAUUGGCACCUGCACCGCGUGUUCGAGUGGUUCGACCAGGAACCCACGCUGCGUGUGGCGGUGCUCACGGGUGCCGGGCCCAAAGCCUUCUGCGCCGGCCAGGACCUGAUCGAGCUGGGGAAACGCGACGUCAAGGCUCUGGAAGAGAAGCCGUAUCUGGGCCAUCACCCGCCCUCGGGCUUUGGCGGCAUCAGUCGCCGCGUGGGCAAGAAGCCCGUCAUUGCCGCGGUGAAUGGAUUCGCUUUGGGCGGUGGGUUUGAGAUUGUUUUGAAUUGUGACAUGGUCGUCGCCUCUCCCACCGCGACAUUCGGGCUCCCCGAAACACUACGCGGCAUCUACGCCGGCGCGGGUGGGCUGCCGCGGCUGGUGCGCAACGUCGGGCUCCCGCUCGCGUCGGAAAUCAGCAUGUCCGGCCGCACGCUCUCGGCCGCCGAGGCGCUGCAGUUCCACCUGAUCAACCGGGUGUCGAGCUCGAGCGCGCCCGACGCCUGUGUCGUCGACGCCGUCAACCUGGCCCGCAAGGUCGCCGACAUCAGUCCCGACGCCAUCAUCGUCACCCGCGCCGCCCUCCGCGAGACCUGGGAGACCGCCAGUGUCGAGCGCGCCUAUCAGUUGGUCGAAGACCGGUAUAAGAAGCCGUUGAUGGAUGGCGAGAAUUCCAGAGAGGGCCUGGCUGCUUUUGCGGAGAAGAGGAAACCCGUGUGGAAGCCUAGUAAAUUGUAG